AUGUCUACUCGAAUGGUGACGAAACGUUUGCAAAUCAAUUGCCAAGCUCGGCGAACAGAUCAACAGCCGCCUGAUCACUUACCAACAAAUAUUAUUUUCUCCUCCUCGUUUCUCGCAAUAGUUGUUUCAGGUAAUAUCCUGAGUAUGUCCAAACAGGCUUUUGUUCCCUCUUCGGUCACUGGUCGGAAAAUGUCGGCAAACCCGUCUAACCAGCGAACAAUGCAGCCGAUGCCACCUCGUCCACGAAGGGUCACCACAAUGACUGCUGGAGUCCGGCCCACCCAGCCAUCCUCGUCGGUUCGACAUUCGUCGCCCAAGUUCGAUCGACGUCACGAUGCCACCGAUCUGGUCCUAAAUGAUUCUGUCGCUUCGGCCAUCACAUCAAUAUCUGCCUGUGGAAAUCCGGUUCGUCGUCGAUCACUGAGCUCGGGCAGCCUGACGAGCACAUCUGUCUCCCCAUCAACCAAAACUCCUGUUCACUGUGGUCAAAGUGAUAUUCUGUCACUUCACCAAGCUGUGCUUACAGAAUGGGCUAUGGUGCACCAACGCCUCAGUGAAUUGACAACGGCUCAGAAAGAGAGUGAACUUAAUAAAGUCAAGCAACUUUUGACAAACUGUGAGGAGAGACUCGAAGAACUGCGUGCAGUGCGUAAGGCGCAUGCCGAGCUGACUAAUUUUCUUCGUGUAACGAAAGCAUUGGAAGCUGAGAACUCUCUGCUACUGUCGCUGAUCAGCUUAUUGCGACCAAAUGUCGCCCUGGAUGCUGCUAACUUAGUUAGCAACCCUUCAAAUCCAAGUGUUCUCGACCGUCUCAAGAAACUCACCUUGGAAGAACUCAAGCCAAAUUAUGAACGGCUUCCACUGCAGCAGUUUACUUUGACAGAGGAUGUCCACGAGGCCGUAUUCCCUCAUGUGCAUCAGUUUGUACUUCACAGUGAGCACGAACUGCAAAAGCUGGAAGAGUUGGCGACCAUCAUAGAAGAGACCGCUGAUCGACUAGAAACAACCACUGUACCGUUGGCCAGGUGCCAAGCUGAACAAGUUAUCGAGGCGUCACAGCUACUGGCCAAUGAAGCCUCACUCCGCUUUGAGCGACUUCAACGAAUCUUGCCAACGAGUGAAUCCACUCCGUAA